UUUUUCAGGAAACUUCUAGUACAUCUUUACAGUACUUCCAGAUUUACUGUAGUAUUUUCUCUUCUCCAGGGCCACGAUCAGAGCUCUACUCUUGCCCAGCACUCUGUUGAAUUGACAUUACCCAAUCACCAUCCGUUUCACAGAGAUUUACUUCGCUAUGCUAAACUGAUGGAGUGGCUCAAGAACACAGACUAUGGAAAAUACGAAGGGCUAACAAAGAAUUAUAUGGAUUAUUUAUCACGACUAUAUGAAAGGGAAAUAAAAGAUUUCUUUGAAGUUGCCAAGAUCAAGAUGACUGGCACAACCAGAGAAGGAAAAAAGUUUGGUCUUCACGGAAGUUCUGGAAAAUUGACUGGGUCUACUUCUAGCCUAAAUAAACUCUCUGUUCAGAGCUCAGGAAACCGUAGGUCUCAGUCAUCCUCGCUUCUGGAUAUGGGAAACAUGUCUGCCUCUGACCUUGAUGUGGCUGACAGAACAAAAUUUGAUAAGAUUUUUGAGCAAGUGUUGAGUGAACUAGAGCCUCUGUGUCUGGCAGAACAGGACUUCAUUAGCAAAUUUUUCAAGCUACAGCAACAUCAGAGCAUCUCGGGAACAACGAAUGAAGCGGAGGAAAUGGACGGAGGAACUUUAUCUCGUUCAUACGCUUCCGGUGUUCCACAAACAGUAUCAUCUGAGAAGGACAUGAUCCGACAAAUGAUGACAAAAAUAUUUCGCUGUAUUGAACCUGAGCUGAAUAAUCUAAUAGCGCUGGGGGACAAGAUUGACAGCUUUAAUUCCCUUUAUAUGUUAGUUAAGAUGAGCCAUCAUGUAUGGACAGCACAAAACGUGGACCCAGCUUCUUUUCUCAGCACAACGCUUGGAAAUGUUUUGGUGACUGUCAAAAGGAACUUUGAUAAAUGCAUUAGUAAUCAAAUGAAGCAAAUGGACGAAGUGAAAAUCUCAAAGAAGAGUAAAGUGGGGAUCCUUCCGUUUGUUGCUGAAUUUGAAGAGUUUGCAGCACUCGCUGAAUCAAUUUUCAAAAAUGCAGAACGACGAGGAGAUCUAGAUAAAGCCUACAUAAAGCUUAUUAGAGCUGUUUUUGUCAGUGUUGAGAAGGUAGCUAAUGAAAGCCAAAAAACACCCAGAGAUGUGGUCAUGAUGGAAAACUUCCAUCAUAUUUUUGCAACACUUUCUCGCUUGAAAAUUUCUUGUCUUGAGGCUGAGAAAAAAGAAGCCAAACAGAAAUACACUGAUCAUCUUCAGUCUUACGUAAUCUACUCACUUGGACAGCCUCUAGAGAAAUUAAAUCAUUUUUUUGAAGGUGUUGAAGCUCGUGUGGCACAAGGUAUACGAGAAGAGGAAGUAAGCUAUCAACUGGCUUUUAAUAAACAAGAGCUUCGUAAAGUCAUUAAGGAAUAUCCUGGUAAGGAAGUGAAGAAGGGGUUGGAUAAUCUCUACAAGAAGGUAGACAAACAUCUCUGUGAAGAAGAAAACUUACUCCAGGUUGUGUGGCAUUCCAUGCAGGAUGAGUUUAUACGACAGUACAAGCACUUUGAAGGGCUGAUAGCUCGCUGCUAUCCUGGAUCAGGAAUUACUAUGGAAUUCACUAUACAGGAUAUUUUAGACUACUGCUCCAGUAUUGCACAGUCUCAUUAAGCCCCAGAAAGAGAAGCUAGCGGAGUUCGUGCCUGUGUGAAGGGAAUCAAACACUAUCAAUGCUGUUUGUUUUUGAACGGUGGGUUCCAUGUGUAUGUGUGGUCAACUGCCAUAUAUGUCGUUACACUCCUGCUGCAAAGGUGUUUCAAGGCAGAAUGAAACCUUUGGAGAUUU